UCCUAUGAUAUAGAGUUAACAUGCUGUGAUAUGUCUGUUAGCUUCAUGAAUAGAGAGGAACAGAAGCGAACAUACAAUAAGACUUUCUGCCCUUGAUCCUCUCGCUCUCUCCAGCUUCGCGUCUCGGUGGAGGACCGAUUUCCACGACCACGAGAGACACGACACAAGACUCUUAUAGGAAUCCUCUUGUUACGGAGGACAGGAAAACGAACAAUAAAAUGGAUCGAGAAAAUCACUCCCGAGUUCCCUCGAACACCGAUUAUAGCAAAGACAACGACACUGAAGCGACUCCGGCACCGUCCAAUCGCCCCGUCACAGAUCGGAAUAAUGGCGACAAUGUCGUACCCAUGCAGAAACUAAACUCUGCCACAUCUCACGUCUCAAUGGAGCGCAGUUGGUCUCUGAACGACGGAUAUAGCUGUGGCGCGGUAGACGAAGAAGACACGGAGGAAGCGAUUGACCGUGAGGCCGCAGCAGCAGUAGCAGCAGCUGGUGGCGAUGAGUCGUUCGCGGUUCGCUGGGAGGAGAGUGAUGCGAUGAAUCCUCGGAAUCUCAGCUCGUUCAGGAAGUGGUUAAUUACGGUCAUUGUUUCGUUGGGGUCUCUCUGCGUGUGAGUUGGGCUGGGUUGUUUUCGCCUGGGUUGAUCCCUCUCCCCCAUUUUUCCCUUUCCUUUACCCAUUCCACUCCUUUUUUAUACUAGUUUUGAGGAAACAAUUCCUUCUAAACAUGCUUCUAGGACGUGCACGUCGUCCAUGUAUACGACGACCUAUGGCCAGAUCACGAAGGAGUUUCAUAUUUCGAGGAUUGUUGCCACUUUGGGCUUGUCCUUCUUUAUUUGGGGCCUUGGAAUUGGGCCGUUGCUCUUAGGACCAUUGUCGGAGUUCUAUGGGCGAAGGAACAUCUACCUUGCCUCCUUCACGGUCUUCCUGCUUUUCAUAAUCCCAUGUGCUGUGGCCAAGAACGUCCAGACGAUGCUUGUAUGCCGCUUUUUCAACGGCGUGGCAGGGAGCGCCUUUCUCAGCGUCGCUGGCGGCACUGUCGGUGAUAUGUUCGAUCGGCAGCACCUGGGACCUCCGAUGAUGCUUUACACGGCAAGUCCGUUCGUUGGUCCAGUUAUCGGUCCUCUGUAAGUCAUUGAUUACAUAUGGACUCAACUCUUGUUCUAUCCCGACUGACUUGUGCUAGGGUCGGAGGCUUUGUAAACGAGUUCACUCUCUGGCGAUGGUCAUUCUAUGUCCUUCUUAUCUGGGCGGGAGCACUGUUAGUCUCUAUUGUCUUAUUUGUUCCGGAGACUUACCACCCAGUACUGCUCCGAAACAAGGCCCGAAAACUCCGCAAGGAGACCGGGGAUGACAGAUGGAUUGCUCCCAUCGAGAAGAUGCAGCGCUCCGUCCUCCAGACGGUUAUACGGUCUAUAUACAGACCGAUACUCCUUUUGAUCCUCGAGCCGAUGUGUCUAAAUCUCUGCAUUUUCUCCGCCAUUCUUCUGGGCAUCUUGUAUCUAUUCUUCGGCGCCUUCGAGCUGGUCUUCUCCCACGUAUACGGCUUCGGGUUAUGGCAGUGUGGCUGCACCUUUCUGGGGUUGCUCGUGGGAAUGGUAUGUGCCAUUCUCACUGAUCCUUUAUGGCGCCGCAACUAUGCCAGGUUGGAACGUAAUCAUCAAGAGAAGGUUGGAAGGACAGAUGACCCUCAGCCGGAAUGGCGACUGCCACCCGCGAUCGGGGGCGCGCCUCUUGUUACAAUCGGGAUGUUCAUCUUCGCAUGGACAAUCUACCCUAAUGUACAUUGGAUAGGGCCAAUAAUCGGCUCCGCUGUCUUCGCGGCAGGGAUGAUCCUGGUCUACACGGGCAUCUUCACAUUCUUAGUUGAUGCGUAUCCCCUUUACGCAGCCAGUGCGCUCUCGGCCAACAGUUUCGCGCGGUCAAGCUUCGGUGGUGUUUUCCCUCUAUUUGGAAUCCAGAUGUAUAAUCGACUGAAUUACCAUUGGGCGACAUCAUUAUUAGCGUUUCUGACCCUGGCUAUGGCCCCAUUUCCGUACAUAUUCUUCCGAUAUGGAAGCCAAAUCAGAAAGAAGAGCCGAUAUGCUAAAUCUGCAUCUUGAGCGCUGGUUCUUAAAGCAUUCUAUUCUAUUCUAAAUCAUACACGCGCACAUACAUACAUACAUACAUACAUACGCAUCAUGCAUAUCUGAAAGGACUGCUGCAGACAGACCAGAUUGUUUUUACAAUAUUUUCAUUUCGAUUUUGAUUAGUCUUCCAAUGACGGAAUGGGUGAAAAGCAAAAAGGUGGUGCUUGGAGUGAUGACUCAAUACUACAUACAGUUUAUUCGAGUUAAUAGAGGUAAUUAAUUAUGUUGUCUAGUUAAUCAUGGAAUGGGAAAAUCAAAUCAAA